UUCUUCUCCUUUACCAGUUCAGUGGGGAUAUGAGUAUGUAAAUUUAGGCAAGAUUGUGCCUAUUGUGAGAAGGUAGGGAAGCACUUAAUUGUUUAAGGCAGUUUUUGGACAAGACACAACUACAGAAAACACACACACAAUCCUCUUGGUUCCAUUUUAAAUUAUGUUGUUUUUGCAGGAAAUUGGAGUAGAACAGAAUAUUCUACAAAUACCUUCUCUUACACCUACAGAAAUAAAUGAUCUUAUCACUUGCUGGUUGAAAAGAGAUUGUCGAAUACUCUCAACUUACCAGCAGCAACUCUUAAUAGAGGCUUGUGUAGCCUGCCCAUUACCACUCUAUAUGUUUUGUGCCUAUAAAGAAUCAUUCUUGUGGACAUCGUAUAGCCUAGAGGCAGAGGUAUAUCUUCCUCCAGAUCUAUCUAAAAUGUACUCGUGGUUACUGGCCAAAAUGGAAAAAAACCAUGGAGAGCAAGUCAUCAAAAGAAUGGCAGCCUACAUCACUCUGUCAAAAAAUGGUAUAGCACUGGAAGAACUGCUUGAUCUCUUGUCCCUGGAUGAAACGGUAAUGCAGGAAAUAACAAAAUAUCAGAAGGUCUCCGUUUUAGCAUUCCCCCAAGUGUUAUGGAUGAAAAUUCAGAAAGAUUUUGGAGAACAUCUGGUAGAACAAAGGAGUGAGAACACGUACGUUUUCAGCUGGACUCAUUCAUUUCUGAAGCAUAUCUGUAUGGAGCGAUACCUGAAAACAUGUGAUUUGCAGCUGUCUUUGCAUGCUGCUUUUGCAGAUUACUACCUGGGACACAAGGCUUCCAAAAUAAAUGGUGAAAUGACCACUUCCCAGCCUCUGGCCUGGGUUUUGAAGAAGGAAUCCAAAGUCAGUUAUGUUUUCAACCUUCGCAAGCUUGUUGGAACUUCAUAUCAUCUGAUCAAAUCCAAUAAUAUUACCAUGUUGAUAACAGAAUGCCUGUUUAACUAUGAGUUUCUUUUACAUAAAGCAUGUGCUUUAUCAGUGAUCAGCAUAGAAGAGGAUUUAAAAGCAGCUGCUAGUACUGAGAGGACAUUACUUGACUUGAAUCUGUUAAGUGAAACUCUCAAGUUAUCCAAGAAAGUUUUACUAAAGGAUCCAUAUCAGCUGGCUUCACAGCUUAUAGGUCGUCUUCAUCAAAUUGUAGCUGCAGAUAAACCAGUAGCACCAGGUGAUCCUAAAAAGUACCCGCACUUGCCAGCUCUGCUAUCUCAGUGCCAAGAGUCUUCCAUCCCUGUUCUUGUGCCUUCAACAACUUGUCUUCUGGCCCCUGGUGGCCUCCUUUGUGAACUUCUGCCAGGUCAUAUGGACAAGAUCACAGCAGUUGCAGAAACCCAGAAGGAUCUCAUGGUUGUGACAGCAUCUCAGGAUGGCACUGUGAAAUACUGGGAUUUGAACACUGGCAAAGCCACCUUCACUUUGCGUGGUGCUGGGAAGAACAUUGACUCUAUUACUGUGUGCCAAGAGAAUAGGCUGGUUGCAGUGACUGAAAACAACUCCUUUAAAAUCUGGGAUCUUUCCCUGGGAAAAGUGAUCUAUAAAGCUGAUGGUUUUCCAGACACUCCAAUAUUGACAUCUGCAAUGAAUGGGCAAUUCCUUUUGGUCUUUUUUGAUGGAAGCCUGCGAGUCAAGGUGUUUGAUUUGACUGAUUCAUGCCAGCUGCUCCAUGAAGCACACAUUUCUGCAGAAGAUGAUGCCCCUGUACACAAGGAUCACUCCAUACUGGUAUCAAAGAAUUCAGUGAAGGACUGUGUCCUCUGUGCUUACAGGAGUGGAAAAGAAGCUAUGGUGUUCAGUGCCAAAAAGGGACAGGUGACUGCUAAACUUACAAGUCAAGAACCAGGAGUUGCAGUUGAAGGAGUAGCCAUAACUAAGGAAUACUUCCUUGUCAUAUUCAGAUGCCCCUUCAUGGGACAGCGGGAUAUUGUUCAUAUAGAACUCUUCAGUGUUGGUACCUUUGUCUACACUCACACACUGAAGGGUUGCUGCAGUGACUUUAUUUCCACCUACUUCAUUAAUCACCUGGGAUCCCAUCUUGUGGCAUUCAGCUGUAUCCCAAACACCAGCACCACUGAGAUAAUAGUAUGGAAUCUGGAAUCUGAAGAGCAUAAGCAUCUGGCUAAAUUACCUUCAGUCCCUAUUGGUGGUGUGUGCUCUGAUCUUCAUUACUGUUUAGCUUUUUGUGAUGGAGAGAAUUGCCUUCGAUCGUGGAACUUGGCUUCCAAGAUCAACGACCAGUCUUUGACUGUUACUGCAAACAAGCCAAAGAAAAUCAGUGGAAUUCAGGAUAUUGUAACUAUACAGAACUAUCCCAGGCAAGUGCAGAAAAAAGACUGUUCUUUCAUUUAGAGAACUCUUCCCUGUUUCAGAGCUGUCAGGCAGCAUUUCAGGCAAGAUGUUAGAUUUGGGAAACCACUGGUAAAGUCUUUCAAAGGAGAUGUUUCUCCACUCUUUUCCUUGUAAACUGUGUGCUACUUUGGGAGUGAUUCUAUAAAUCAUUUAUGUUAAACAAACUGAUUUAAAUUGCACACUGCUUGAGGCAGAGACCUUUUGUACAUGUAUUACCCUA